AAACAGGAAGUUGAAUUAUCAGCUGAUCCUGCUGGCUGUUGUUGAUGCCUGAAGUUACUGUUGUUGGGGCACUGUGUUGCUCUUAUCUGCUCCUGACACUGAACACAUAUUAAACCCGAGCAAGGGACACCGUGGGCAUUAAGCAUUACCGCCUGACGAGCUGACAAGGGAAGCGUCUCGCAGCGAGGACUUUGAAUUUGCGCACUAGCUGCUGAAGAGCUAGCUUCAAAGCUUGAAGCUCCGGUGAGAGGAAGAAAGAGAGACAGCAGACAGCUCUACGUGCUUUGUUUACGUCGUGCCAGUCUGAACUGCGAUAUAUUUUUUUCUUUGUCUUGAAUGUGGAUUUUGUUUCCUCACCUAGACUAUUUACAUUUAUACUUCAUUACCAGUACACUAGUGGCAGCUAGCUCAUCAGCUAACGUUAGCCCAUAGCGCAAAUAAACAGUGUUGUUGUCGAGCGCUGAUGCUUUCGUAACCGCCCGCCUGUGACAGAUAACGACAGCUAACAGUGUCAAUAUUCAGGCUCUGAGAAAGUGUUGUCGUGCCUCUAUUUUCCAGCUGUUUGUCCCUGGAUCAGGUGCUGUGUUGGAGACACAGGGCAGCACGGAAACCGGACAAGUUGAUUUUAAAUAAGAGCUCUUAGCAGAUCAUUGUGGUUAAUGGACACGUCCGUCUUAUCUGUUUGUUUAUUCCCGACUUCGAGUGGAUUGCAUUUUUUUUCAUCCGUAUGGAUUUUAAAACCACGCGAACAAGUAAUAGGUUAACUGACAGCUGGCCUUGUUCGUUUUAGGUUGCCUGACAGGUUGCGUAAUUUGUUUUCCUACAAGCUGUCAGUCUUUCCUGGGUAACUUGUUAAAUAGAUUAUAAUUUUUUUUAACGUAUGCAUUUAUUACGAGGCUCUGUGGAUGUCAUUUUAGAUAUUAAACACACUUAUGACUUGUGAGGGACCACUCUUUAUACCAUAUAUGUAUUAGUUGUUUGGUCACAUUUAGAACAAUUACUCAAUAGAGUUAUGAAUUAGAGUAGAUAGAUCUUAAACUAUUGUGAGACUGUGUUGUGAUCAGGGAGAGACAGGCGAGGAAAAAAGGGUCCCUCAGAGGGUCCCAUUGUGUCUUGAGGUGAGGUGAGCUGCCCCCCACUACUUGCCAAUGCUGGAUCUUGAGGUGGUGCCUGAGAGAUCACUAGGAAAUGAGCAAUGGGAAUUCGCCUUAGGGAUGCCAUUGGCCCAGGCCAUCUCUAUCCUGCAGAAACACUGCCGCAUCAUCAAAAAUGUCCAGGUGCUAUACAGUGAACAGACGCCACUCAGCCAUGACCUCAUACUGAAUUUGACUCAGGAUGGGAUUAAACUGCUGUUUGAUGCCACAAAUCAGAGACUCAAGGUGAUUGAAGUGUACGACCUGAGCAAAGUCAAGCUGAAAUAUUGUGGAGUCCAUUUCAACUCUCAGGCCAUUGCCCCCACAAUAGAGCAAAUAGACCAGUCAUUUGGAGCUACACACCCUGGAGUUUACAAUGCUGCAGAGCAGUUGUUCCAUCUCAACUUUCGAGGCCUGUCCUUCUCCUUCCAACUGGACUCGUGGAAUGAAGCUCCUAAAUAUGAGCCUAACUUUGCCAUGGGUUUGGCCUCCCUGCAGAUUCCACACGGGGCCAUGGUCAAGAGGAUGCACAUCUACACUGGCAACAACCUGCAAGAAACAAGAGCUCCGGCAAUGCCGUUGGCUUGUUUCCUUGGCAACAUCUUUGCGGAGUGUGUGGAUGUCCUGAGAGACCGGGCAGGGGCCUUGGGGCUCAAACUCCGCCUUCUCACUGCAGGCUGUGGUCCAGGUGGGAUGGCGGAUUCUAAAGUGAGGUCGAUAGAAAGGCGCAUCUACUUUGGAGAUUCAUGUCAGGAUGUACUGGGUGCUCUGGGCUCGCCACAUAAAGUCUUCUUCAAGUCUGAGGACAAGAUGAAGAUCCACUCUCCGUCUCCACACAAGCAGGUUCCUUCCAAAUGUAACGACUACUUCUUCAACUACUUCACCCUCGGAGUGGAUAUCCUGUUUGACUCUACAACUCACCUGGUUAAGAAGUUUGUCCUUCAUACCAACUUCCCCGGACAUUACAACUUCAAUAUCUAUCAUCGAUGUGACUUUAAGAUUCCUCUAGUGAUUAAGAAAGAAGGAGCUGAUUCCCAGACGGAGGACUGCAUCUUAACCACCUACAACAAGUGGGACCAGAUCCAGGAACUGCUCGGGCACCCAAUGGAAAAACCCGUAGUGCUCCACAGGUCCUCAUCCGCUAAUAACACAAACCCCUUCGGCUCUACAUUCUGCUUCGGACUGCAGAGGAUGAUCUUUGAGGUGAUGCAGAAUAACCACAUAGCAUCAGUGACCCUCUACGGAGCUCCACGGACUGCUACUAAAGCUCGACCUGAGACCAGUAGUAGUUCCCACUGAACAAGAAACCAGAACCACAUCCCAUUCUGGCCUGUCCUGAAAUCUCUUACCUCUGCUGACUGAACCUCUAACCCAGAGCCAGAUUCUUAACCAAGCAGACCCAUCCCAGAGCAACAAAGCAUUUCAUACCCAGCUCAGAUGCUACUCAUGAACAGAAAAUCAACCAGAACCUAGAACGUCUAAAAUCCUGGAGGGUCCUACUUUCUCUUCCAAUCAGACACAUCCAGUCGGCGUAGUCUACUCAACCCAGACUAUCUAGGAUCUAGCUGCAUGGUCGCAGUGCUGGACCACUGAUGCAUUGAAAUGAAACUGAUGAAAAUAGGUUUUUGGUUUGAAUAUCCCUGUGGUGCUACAAAUUGGUGAAGAAAUGUGUAGAUCUCAAGUAGAGCUCUCCUGUUUCCAUCCAGCGACUGAGUUUGUCCAGGACUGCAGAAGAAGAGUCUAUCCCGACUGAAGAUUGGAUGGCAUGCAAAGGGCAGCCUGUGUAUGACAUAACCUCCAUAACAUUGUGGCGAGAUGACCUGCGUUAAAUUAUCAUCUGCAACAAAUCUCUAUGGAAACUGCUCUGGCCAAAGUCUUGAAAUUAAACUUGUGCUUGACCCACUGAACAAACAUCAACACUGCCAGCUUCAACGAGUACCGCCUGUCUUCCUACCGAGACUUCACAACCAGGCUUGGCCGGCUCCAUCACCACCCUCAACGCAUCUAAAACCAUUUGCAUCAGAAGCUGCAGAUCACUGUAACCAAAAAAACGGGAAAAAAAACAACCAUGAAAUGAGAGGAAGAGGAGAACCAAACACACUCAGGGGUGUGGAGAGACAUGUGGCCCAGAACACGCCCACAACAGAUGUGAAGCCUCUAGAAGCAGAACCAUCCAAACAUCAGCGUCAUCGUCUCCCUCGUCCAAUGUCCUACGUACUGUUCCUCCAGUGGUGCCCACACACACACACACACACACACACACACACACACACACACACACACACACACACACACACACACACACACACACACACACACACACACAUAUAGUCUUGUCUGUCUCCUUGCUCAAACACUCACAUGAAUGGGCAUCUGCAUGUGUAACGCUGUUGCUUAUUUCAAAUGGACAUUUCAACACACAGCAUUUCAGUCCCAUCACCACUAUACGUGUGUAUUUCUAACACAUAAGAGCCGGUUUAUCUUUUUUUAGCCUUUUGAGCGCAAACACAAACACGGAGACAUGCAGGCAUGGCACGAGAUUUUGCAUGAACUUGCUUUUGAAUGAGAGGACGUAUUAUAAGCACAACUGGCAACCUGUUUGUUGAGUUUUUAUGAUCCUGCACGUUGUUAGGGGUAAAGAGAAAUAUAUUUCAAUUUGCCCCGCUUCAAUUAUUCACACCACAACCAUUUUCUUUGUAGUUUUUUUUGUAUUUGCACCAACACACACCGUAUUACUUGAUUGGUUGACUGUUGGUGGAGACAUUAGGUGUGUCUGUGUGUGUGUGUGUGUGUUUUCAUAAGUUCCUGCACAAGAUCCUCUCAUGCAGUCAUUUACUUAUUGUUACUCCCCUCCCUCUUUCUUCAUUUCUACAUCCACGCACUGCAAUUCAUCCCUCAGCAAUUGUUUCCCUGUUGAAUUGCCAAAUGCUACAGCCAAAGAAGCUUCAGGAAGAUUUCAAUUGCUGACAUUUUCACUGUAGUCUCGUCCUAAGGGGAGAGAGGCGUGUUGGCAGUCUCCUUUCUCUUGUGUCAAAACUGCACAUCAAAGUCAUUUCCGUGCAUCCGCCUCUAAAUGCAGUUCCUGGUGUCUGUUACGGCUGACAGUAAUUACAUGGGAUGUAAAUAACUGACUCAUGCAUCUGUGUGUUUUGAGACCAGAUCAGCCUGUCUUUCAUCUAGAUUCAUUUACAGCCAGAGACACAUUAACAAUAUGAACAAUUAUAACUUGUGUAUUGUUGUGAUUGUUUUCAGAGAGCUGUGAUUUAAAGAUCACCAUUAUUUCUCUGUGAAUUUACUACAUUGGAACCCAUGCAGGAGAUUGGAAAGAACAUCAGUCAUUCUGUCAUCAUAACAUUUGUUUCCCUCCCAAUGUCUGAAUUCAAAAAAUGUUUUAAUCAUAAGCAUUUGAAAUAAACUGUGUAUUAGUUUGAAUACACACGUUCUCUUUUCCUUUUCUUGUCCAUUCAUACAAAGAUCCAUUUAGUUUGUUCCACUAUUGCUGAAUGUAUUCUUGCUUGUGUGAAGGCAUUAGGGCCCCUGUACAUGAAGACAUGUUGCAGAUGGGAGAAUAAAAUGCACAGUUGGCUGCUUCGAGGUGUUAUACAGUAUUUUUUCAGUGCGGGUCAAAUCUAUUUUGUCAUUAUGUCAUGGGGUAUAUGGAGAAGCUUGAAGAUUUAACAUUCAAACUGGCUCCACUGUGGUGUUUUAUUAUAUAUUCAUUACUCUUCUACAUGUCUGAAUUUCUGUAUUGUUAUGAUAGGAACUAAAGGUUUUACAAUUUGUUCCCUUUAUUUACAGUAAGCUACCUUGUUUUUGGCUCAGAUUUCCAUAGGGUGUCUUGCCGUACGAAUGACCAUGAGAAAUGGAAGUAGAAGAAAUGAAUUUAUGUGCAGUGCAAUUCCACUUAUUCAGGCUGUUUCAUGUUGUGUAUCCUGGCCCUGAGUCUUGGAGUUGAUGUACAAAUGCUGUAAAUUGUUGUGUGCUGUUAAUCUGGCGUUCUGUUAUUUACAUAACCUAAAUGGCUUAUUGGCAUACACACAACUGACUCAGGCACUGGCUGAGUGUCUUAUUAUUCCCUCUGUCAUUCUGAUUAUACUUUAACUUAGGAGCAGGCAUCUGCUCACAGCUGACUCUUUGACACUGAGAUUUUUCAUUUUUAAUUCCACUCCACUCGGUAUUAAACAUUGUCCUUGUAUGUUGCUAAGGUGGCACGUACACAGAUUUCAUGUUGAUGUUGGAUCCACCUGGAAGACAUUAAACUAAAUGUUUGCAGGGAAACCAUUAUCCUUUUUCAAAUUUGGACUAGAUGAUAGCUUUGUUUGAGAUGUGUUUUUAUAGUGGACAGAUCUGAUUUGGAAUCUAGCGCUAGCAUGUUGCUAGAGUGUACUUGUUUACACGAGAAAAACUCAAAUCUCUUGCUAGCCAGACCCCUUCCUAAAUUAGGUAUUGUGGUUUUUGGAAGCAGGAGAGUCUGUUCCUAAAAUGGGUAUCACAAGCUAGGGUAAUGUUUCAGGACAAAUGGCAACAAAUAAACUCGUUUUCUCAAUAAGCUCCUAAAUGUAGAAUGUCAUUGAGCAAUGGGCUGUCCAGCCAUGUCUGAUGAACCUUGACAUUUCCUUUUUCUGUCCUGGUUCAUCUAUAGACAUGAAUAGGAAAACCUGUGUAAUAUAAUCGCCCUGAUGGAGAUACAACUUGCUUUUGGGCAAGUACAUAAAGAAAAUCAAGAAAAACACAAAACUGUUGAAUAUUGUGCCUGAUCUCCCACCGAGCCUGUCUUUGAUUUGUGUCCCCUUUGUACAAAUGUUGUUGUACAUACAGUUUGAAUAUGCAUUUGCAUCUUUGUACGUAUGUGUGUGUGUCAAUGAGCAUUAGCAACAUGCUAACAUGCUUUUAUGGCCGUCUGUUGUUUUAGUGUACCUGUUACAUAGAGAGUGACAAGUUGGUUUGUUUGGAUGGGUUUUUGAGUUUGUUGAUUUUCUUUGCUUUUUUGACUAAGGUUUUUGUUUUGUUUUUUAUAUGUGUGUUUAUAAUUACACCUUGCACCCAGAAGAAUGUGAAAAUGAUUUGCACCCCUAAAGGUUUAUCUUAGGUAGGAAUACAUGAUUUGAGCAACACAAUUCUGCAAGGAAAACAGGAUCUACAUUAAAAGCAUUCCUUGUCUUCCACCACACUAUAUAUUGGUCAUUGCUCAGAAAUUAGCAGAGCUUAUCUUUUGUCAAAGAUGAUAUGAAAGUAAUACAAAGUAGAGACAGGAAUGAAUGAACCAAGAAUACCCUGAGGGGAAACGUACAUAUUUUGAGUAAACUUAGCUCGGGACAAAAGAUUUGGAAUCCACUUAUACAUGAAAGCUAUUCUACAUAAUGCAGUUUUGGUAAACCCAGUGCGGUGAGCUGCAUUGUUGCUAAUAGUAGCUAUAGUGUGCUAGGUAAUGAAUCUCAUCACAAACUCAGGUGGACAUCGCAUCCAUGUUUUUCUAAAUGUUUUAAGCUAGAAAAACAAGUGGACACUUGAAUCUGGAGGUCUGUGUUGCUUUUAAAAUAUAACUUUUUCUCUCUUUUUUUAUUCUUUAGUUGAAGUGCAGGAAUGAAUGAUUGUUCUAUAAUUUGUAUUGCUUAAGUUCAGUGAUAAUCUCAUAUUAACGCUUUGUAUUGCCUGUUCUUGUUAUCAUAAUGCUUGUCCAUCUUGCUUUUUCUUCAUGAGAAUAUUUCUUUGUGGAUUCAGUGCAUUUGAAGGCCAUUUCUGGAUAUGGGUCAGGUAAUUAAACCUUGUGAAACUCA